UGUUCGUGCGCCGUGUGUCUGCUGCUGUCACGGAGGGGACACUUGGGGCUGCACGCCAACAUAUUUAUCGUUUAUAGCCCAGAAUAUGAGUGCAAAGUAAAACAAAAGUGUGGUGGAGACAUGUCUUUGGCGUUUGCACGCUCAUUCUGUGGGAUUGUAUCCCGACAGACGGUUGGGUCACGUGUGCUGUUGGGAGAGCAUCAUCAUGCCGCUCAGAGUCUGUGGUUCGCACCAGUGAUGGCGAUAAAAACAUCUGCUGCCCUCAGAGCUGAACCAAAAAAGAAGAAAAAAGUCGAUCCAAGGAGGGAGCACAUGAUGAGAGAGCGGUUGAGAAAAAGGCUGAAGAAGCUGGAGAAAGUUCCACCUGAGCUUAUCCCCAUAGAGGACUUCAUCAUUCCAGUCAAAUGCCUGGAUGAAACCAGGCGGCGUUCUCCUGCAAGGCUAUCAUUUGAAGAAAGCGAGAGUCGAGCUCUGCUGCUGAAGGAAUGGAAUCGAUACAAAGAGAAGCAGCACAAGGCUGAAAAAGAGGCUGUUGAACUUGCUUUGGAGGCUCAGAGGGAGGCUCUGGAGGAGCUGAAGUUGGAGUCUGAGGAGCUGUACCAGGCGGCGCUGAAGCCUGACCCUCUGCUUUUCCCUUUCACUCACGAUGGUCCUUCCAACACACCACCAAUACAAAAUUAUGACGCCCCUGAUGGGAAAUAUAACGAUAUCACUAAGGUGUACACACAGUGAUGGAUGGAGAACAGUUGUAGGUGGGGCUUCUGUGUAGUAUUUGAGUUUGAACCCAAAUCAGUGUGUCAGAUGUUGUCUUUUUUUUUUCUCCAAGCAUACUGGAGCAUCAUCAGUAAUGAAUUUCACACUCAACAGAUCUUGUGAAAACAUUUAUGAAGCUUUGAGUUUUUUCCUCAUUUACACUUUUUUUUUAAAAUGGGAAAAAAGGAAGUUGAAAAUAAAAAUGUACAUUUUUAUUAAAAAAAAAUCUGUCUGUUCUGAACUGUUCCAACAUUCUUAUUUAGGAUCAAUUCAUUGAAUGUAUUAAUUCAAAGGUGCAUAACAAAAGCAUCAAGAAGAGCAUAUUUACCAGUUGACAAGGAUGAAAGAUGCUGACUUGCAUCAGUCAAUUUUAUUUUUUCAUGUACAUAAAGUGUAUAAAGUAUUCUAGAGCAUCUUAAAAUUAAAACCAUAGGAAAACAAAG